GCCGCGAGGCGCGCUCCGGUGCGCACGUCGGGCGGGGGCCGCCUCUCGCGGGUGAGGCGCGGACGGGCCGUGUCUGGCCUGGCCGUCCAGGGGAGCGUGAGAGGGGCGGUCGGGCCCGCGGCCUCGGCGCUAGCGAGUGACCCGCGGAGACUGGGGCCCGUUACCGCACCCCGAGACCCCGGCCCGCUGCUGGGCGCGCAGCACCCUGCGCUCGGGCGCCCCCCAGCGGCGAGGUGCGGAAUGGAGCGCCCGCAGCUCGCCCGCCGGGGUCGCUGCCCCUCCCCGGGGCGGUGGUCCAGUGACGUCACUGCCCCUUUAAGACCCCCGUCUCUGCCGCCGCCCCGCACUCGGCGGGCUCCUUCGAAUCGCUACGGACUCUUGAGCAGCACCUCCUGAAGCUGCCUCAGCAUGGCCUCCGCAGGUCUGCAGAUCCUGGGGCUAGUCCUGACGCUGUUGGGCUGGGUGAAUGCCCUGGUGUCCUGCGCCCUGCCCCUGUGGAAGGUGACCGCUUUCAUCGGCAACAGCAUCGUGGUGGCCCAGGUGGUGUGGGAGGGGCUGUGGAUGUCCUGCGUGGUGCAGAGUACCGGCCAGAUGCAGUGCAAGGUCUACGACUCUCUGCUGGCCCUACCCCAGGACCUGCAGGCCGCCCGUGCCCUCUGUGUGGUCGCCCUCCUGCUGGCCCUGAUUGGCCUGCUGGUCUACCUGGCUGGCGCCAAGUGCACCACCUGCGUGGAGGACGAGGACUCCAAGGCCCGCCUGGUGCUCACCUCCGGCAUUGUCUUUGUCAUCUCCGGGAUCCUGACCCUCAUCCCUGUGUGCUGGACGGCUCACGCCAUCAUCCAAGACUUCUACAACCCCCUAGUGGCCGAGGCGCAGAAGCGCGAGCUGGGCGCCUCCCUGUACCUGGGCUGGGCGGCCUCGGGGCUCCUGCUGCUGGGUGGGGGGCUGCUCUGCUGCACCUGCCCCUCUCGCGGCCGUAGCUCCAAUCACUACAUGGCCCGCUACUCGGCAUCUGCCCCCCGUGGCCCUCCUCAGGGACCCUCUGACUACCCCACCAAGAAUUAUGUCUGAGGGCUCCUGGACCUGGGGCCUCACCCCACCCCCGGGCUGUAGCCAUAAAGUCCGUGAUCUGAUCUGUGA